CGAUGUUCCAAGAGGGCGCCCGUGUUCUUGAAAACGCCGGAAGUGGAUAGAAGUCUACUACUAUCUACUAAUAUCAGGAACGUUUAAGGUUCUUUUUGAUGUACCACGAUGGGUAUCUCUCGUGAUCAUUGGCAUAAGAGACGAGCAACUGGUGGUAAAAGAAAACCACUCCGCAAGAAGAGGAAAUUCGAAUUAGGACGUCCAGCUGCAAACACAAAACUUGGAACUCAACGUAUUCAUACGGUACGUACAAGAGGUGGUAACAAAAAAUAUAGAGCCCUUCGUUUAGAUACAGGAAAUUUUUCAUGGGGUUCUGAAUGUACUACAAGAAAAACACGUAUUAUUGAUGUAGUUUAUAAUGCAUCAAACAAUGAAUUGGUGAGAACUAAAACUCUUGUAAAGAAUGCAAUUGUUACCAUAGAUGCAACACCUUUCAGACAAUGGUAUGAAGCUCAUUAUGUUUUACCAUUGGGUCGUAAACGAGGUGCUAAAUUGACUGAAGCUGAAGAAGAAGUUUUAAAUAAAAAACGCUCAAAAAAAGCAGAAUCUAAGUACAAAGCGAGACAGCGAUUUGCUAAAGUCGAGCCUGCUUUAGAAGAACAGUUUGCUACAGGACGCGUCCUUGCUUGUAUAUCAAGUAGACCUGGACAAUGCGGUCGAGCGGAUGGUUAUAUACUUGAAGGAAAAGAACUUGAAUUUUAUAUGAGAAAAAUUAAAAGCAAGAAAGCUAAAUAAAAUGUAUAACUACAACAAGAAAAUAAAAUAAUCUUUAUGUAAGAAA